AAUUUUUUGUAUUUCUUAAAAAAAAAAUAAUAAUAAAAAUGUAAAUAAAUUCUGUAAAAUAAAAACAUACGCACGAAAAUUUAAAGAAGAAAAAAAACAUGAAUAUUUUGUAUAAAAUUUCAAGUUCAUAAUGAAAUAAAAAGCAAAACUCUUAAAAGAUUAGCAACAACAUUUUGAGACAAAUCUUUUGAAAUGGCCCGAAUCUGAAGUGAUCUACUGGCGAUUACUAUGAGAUACAACAUGCUGCUCUUAAGAAUGAGAUGACGACAGAAUAUAAAUAAAUUUAAAUUGUGUCACAGACAAUCAGUCACUACGCACUCGCAAUUUCGUUGAGUUUUCAUUUUCAUUUCACUCUAUUUAAACAAUGACAAAUACUACAGUUCCACAUACAGAAUCACCAAAAGUAUUAGAAAAUAUACUACCGGUAUUGCCAAAAAAUGUAGGACAUUUACAAAAAGAACCCAUCGAAAUCGAUUGUCCCUCCUGUCACCAGCGUGCUCUUACACGUGUUGAUAGGCAAGCAGUCACUGUAUUGCAACGUUUUGUUGCAGUCAUCAAUACCGGUCUUUGUUGCACUCCCAUACGUUGGAAUGGACGCCAUGACAUUAAUCACUAUUGCAGCAAAUGCGGUUGCUUUAUCGGCCGUUACAUUACUUUGAGCUGGUACAAACGUCAACUAUUUCGCAUGCAACGUUCCGAUGUAGAGGAAGAAGGCAGAUGGCAACGUUUUCGUAAAGUCGAAAAAGAACAAUUGGACAAGGAUAAACAGAAACAUUUGAAAUUGCUCAAAAAAAACGAGGAGGGUGUUGACGGACAAGAGACUGCAGUCGAUAAAUAAAUAUAAAAUAUUUGUAUAAAUUUCGAUUUUGAGCGCGAACGUAUGAGUAUUCAAAAUAUGUUUAGUGUUCAAGUGUAUGUAUUUCUUCUUAAUUUUAUUUUCUUCUAUAUUUAAAAGUGCUUCAAAUUAUAAUCGUUUUGUAUAAAAAAAU